AUGAUGAUGGUGAGCGACGACUGCCUGGUGGAGUGUAAGAUUGAUGAUGACAGCGAUGAAGAACAGAUAAACACGCCUCCUCCUCCCCCGGAGUUUGCGUCCAAAGCCCCAACCCCAGCGCCUGAACCUCCGACCCCUCCCACGGCCCCUGCCACGCCCAGUCCCACGGCCCCUGCCACGCCCAUACCCACGCCCAGGCCCACAGCAACAUUUCCUGUCAACAGGGACCCAUAUGGCAUCAACCAGCACCUAAAGGUGGAGGUCAGUGAAGUGCUGGCGGAGCCGGCCACACCUCACAGCAUAGACAAAGUGUGGCUUUACAGUGUUGCUGGCUUCGAGACAACUCGUAUCUGGACGUACCGCUGCCUCUCCUUGCUGCUUGCCGUGCCCUUCGCUCUCCUAUGUGGUAUUUCCCUGGCCAUUCUCGCCUGUCUACACGUCUGGUUUGUGGUGCCUUGCCUACAGCUGAGCAACACCUUCCUUCCAUGCCUACGGUCCCUGUGUAUGUGUGCUGUGAAUGCUUUCAUCGCUCCCUUCUGUACGUCUCUCGCUCUCUGCUGCAGUCAAAUCACCAUUUCACUGUCGAACAGGGACUGGCAUCAAGUGAGAGACAAAGAGACUGUAUGA